UAGUAUUCAGGCACCCUAUAUAUUUCUACUUUCUCGAAUUUGCUUUCCUUGUGCUCUUGCGCAUUGAUUUUUCUUGCUGGUUUGUCCAGAUUUGGAAGACAGUUACACGAGGAAUGCGCACAUUAUUUGCACCGCGAAUUUCGCGUUCAACGUGGUGAUGAGCCUCAUCUUUCUGUCCUUUGAGGGACACUUCGAACAGUUGAUGGGACAGCCUCUCAAUCGAGUCAUCGCGCCUUACGCAGUUACAACAGUUUACACAUCAAGCGCAAUGUCAUUGGAUGCCCGACCCAUAUUGGGAUUUGGACAGGCUGCAGCCAUAUUCUUUUUUAUAUUAAUGGUCAAUGCCUUUUCGUGUCAGUUUUUGACGACUGAAAUCAUAUUCGACGAGCUGCUUCACUCAUGCAACACAAUAACGAAGAUACACAACAGUUAUCGAGUCGUAUUCUACGUUGCUUUAUUGCUGCUGAGCAUACCCUGCUUUACAGAAUUAGCUGUUUCUUACGAAGUGCGAUUGAAGCCGUCGACGCAGGCCAAGUACGUCAUAUUUAUGGUCGUGUUUGAAAUCUUCACCUUCUUUAGAGGAUACGGUUUGCAACGGGUGCUCAUUGACUAUGACUUUAUGCUGAGGCAUCCACCCAGCACCUGCAUUCGCAUCUGCUGGGCCACCAUUACGCCCUUAGUGAUUGCUACAUCGCUGCUCUACCUUGUGUUCAACGUCCAAAAUUUCGCCCUGCCGACGGAUAACGACGAGUACUCGAAGGACAACUGGAAGGACUUCAUCGUGCUCUGCGCUGUCCUCGUAUUCGUCUUACUGUAUGCAUGUUGUCUUUACCGGGAUAACGAAUACAGUCAGACAGUGGAAGCUCUCUUCAAACCUGCCUCCUCCUGGGGACCGCGUAACAAGUUUUUGGCCAUGGACUACCGGGAACGCAUUGCAGUCUGGGAAGAAGGUCGUCGUCAAGUAGAAACUGAGGACACUAUGCUGGAACCUCUCUUGCCGUAUUAUACGACACACCCAAGCUCCCUGCACAGCUUCCAGGACCAGUCGUUUGUUAUAGCCACCCAGAAUGGAUGGCGACACUCACGGGACGAAGCCUUGCCCGGAGCGUCACCUCACUCGGGCGCACAAUCGCCUUACUCGGGGGCUCGGACGCCAUCCACUCAGCUGGUGGGCACCUUCAACGUUAUGGGUGAUAUCGGAAGGGAGGGCACGUGAAGAGAUCUCUUUCUCUCUCUCGUGAAUAUUAAAGUAAUCUCAGUCGAUAUAUAUACCAAUAUGCCUGUACGUCAGGCUUGAUGCUUCCUAUCGAAUGUAAUGUCGCGUGCACCGUCGAGCGCUUCGCAACCAGAGCGCGCUCAAAAGAUCCUCACUGGGCGCGUUAAGCGGGCUCCCGAGCGCCAUAACCCGGGUUUCAGGGGAACGUACCCUUGGUGUCUAUACUUAAUGGUGUUUGUGAGCCUAUCCGAAAGCCGAGCGCCAGAGCCGCUGAGCGCGCGCCACCUAUCGAGCUUUCUUUUGUCGUCUGCUUUUAAGCAAACAUAGCAGUAUACCAUAGCAGUCCUCUAUAAUCGAAGAACUAUUUACCGCCGACAUCCGAUGAUUCCGGAAACACAGAGCAUGGGCGGUUGCAACGUGUUCCAACUGUUGCGCCAUUUCGAAAGGCAGUACACCGGAACAUGCGUCACGCUCCGGAAUUGGCCUCGCUCUUCCCCAGCGUUCUCCGGCUCCCCGGCUCCGAAGAAGGGGUGCGCAGGGUGCACCCGGGAACGUGCACCGGAAGUCACUUUCCCAGGGAAUGUUCCCAGAGCACGAACCUAACGCGCCCACUGGAGUUAAACGAAAAACACCCUCGAGAUAUUUUCUGUUUUUAUUAUUCGAAUGUUGGGCAACACCUCUGCGCAAGGUUCAGCGUUCAGGUGCGUCCACCAAUUCCGCAUUUUUCCGGGCAAACUAAGGCAAUUCUGCACGAAACCCUCACUUUCGAAUGUUUUUUUUAAAGUCACCUAAAUGCCGCUUCGACCUGAAACUUUUUUAAUGAAAUGCAUGGGUCCUCCAACACAGAAGAAAUAUGUUUCUGGAUUUCUGCAUUUACAUGGUACGACAAAAAAAAAAAAAAAAGCCCAACUUCGCAGAUCUCGCGAGCCUUUCACUCGGCAAAAGCCGUUCGACGGGUUACUCAGGCAAGGCGUGGAUGAGGCUGCAAUUAGUCUUAUCCUUGUACAAGAAGGUCCUCUUGAAAUUUUUGCUGCACGUUUAGUGGUAACAAUUCCACAGCAGCUCAAACGUACCACAUUUUUCGGUUUGCCGGCGUCUUUUGGAGUCGCCUAGUGGCCGUUACGUUCCGCGCUGUGUGAAACAAAACUAUUACGAGGACCGCAUGUAGCGAAGCCGUAUGGCGAACAUUAUAUAUUUUUCCUCCUUCUUUUUCUUUUUUUUUUUUUUUCGGAUAUGGUUGAGCCACGCAACCGGGACACAUGAGUAGGGAACGACCCAGCGGCAACAACGCUCGGCAGGAGCUCACGAGAAAAGGGCAGUUUGGUGAUGGGCCCCGGAGUAUAUAGAAGGAUCGGGGCUGUCAACUUGGCUCUCCUGCAGAACAGCGGACGCGGCCACAGGACUGCAGACUCCAUCCACUUCGGAGUCGACGCGUCCACAAAGGUGCACUUGCCAUGCAAGAGGCUCCGGCAACGAGCAUCGCUGUCCGUUCCACACCGAACGACCGUUGGCAAGCUGCGGACAUGUAGUUCGAGGGGAUUUCCAUCCAGAAUGAGUUCGGGCGCGCUUGUAGCGUAUGUGAUGGCAUCUGGUUCCAAUUCGAAGGUAGUUCAGAUUUGACAUUUGUAAAGUCUUUGAAUGUGGGCAGUUACCUCAGUUAUUGUCGGCCAAUCUUACGCAAGCUAGGAGUUAAAUGAGUGUAUAGUGCAGCUGGUUCACAGAUGUGAUUAUGUGAUGUGUUAGCCGUGCGCUUUCUGUUGUCUCAUCCUGACAUCCUAAUAUGCCGGAAACAAGUCGACACUUGCAAACCGAUGUCUGUCGUUUCAGUGUCCCAUGCGAGAAGUAUUCACGGAAAAACCUAGCGAUAGUAGCCUGACAACUACAUAUAGUACCUACCGACUUUUUCUUUGUUUUUUUUUCAGCGACUCAUGUCACGUCACAUUACGAACAACUAUGUUUUUUCGUUCCCUGCCGCCUGAUCGAUAUCCUCACUGAUAAUGUCUGAUCGUGGUACAAAUGUGCAGUGUUGAAGUGAAAGCCGACCUAACAAUAAACAUUUCACGGUUGGAAGGUGGCGGCAGUGGCCUGAUAUCUGCCUGCCUGCAUGCUGUACUACAUGGUGCCUAGGCUGGUGAUAUAUCUUUCACUAUUGUCAUUUCUUUGUCACGCGA